GGUUAGAUGAGAGAGGUUAAAUAGGUUUGAAGCUUCAGCGGCAUCAGCAGGAGGAAGCUUUCUCCUCUAGAAAGCAUCUUCCCAAAAGUUUUCUUCUUCUACCGUGAUCGUGCCUUAUUCAGUGGCGAUUCCCUAACCUCAAAUCUACCUGUUCAACGAUGGUAAAUUCUUGACUUUUCUUAACAAAUUGGUUUGUAAUUUGUAGAAAAUGACGAGAAUAGUCGUUUCCGUCCAUUUUCGAUUUGAUCCUGGUCCUGUACUCUCCGCAAAUACAAGUUUUAGGGUCGUUGAACAGGUGAAAGUUAGGUUACGAGACGCCACUGGCCUUAUUCCAUUUUUUUAGAGAAGUUAUACACAAAUUACGUAACGCAACCUCACGCAACGCAAGCCCUGCUGAGGCUUCGAAAGUCAAUGACGGUAACCAAGCAAGACCAUGAGAAACUCAUGGAAACUGCGGCUGCGGCAGAACCCGUGAAGUCUACUCAGAUUGUGUGUGAGGCAGCCAUCAGAUUAGGAGCUACCAGGCGGCAGCACGGAUUACAGUCCCGAGGCCUAACGAACCCUCUCCCCUUGCGAGUCAGCCGCGUAGUCGCCGGCUAAGAAGGGAGCGGGAUAUUUGGCAUAAGGUCGUUUGGCAUAAAGAUAUUUGGCAUAAUGGUAAUUUGGCAUAAUGGACAUUUGACAUAACCGAAAUGCACCCUUCUUUAUUAUGCCAAGUGUUCAUUAUGCCAACUGACCGUUACUGUUUUGUGGUGGCUUGUCAGUCUUGACAAAAAUAAAACACUAUUUAUGUUAUUUUGUCCGACGUUUCGGUCCGUUUGGGACCUUCUUCAGGGACUCAAUAGUUACAGUGUUCUCGUCCAGUGUGGUUCGGUAGAACCUGUAACUGUCGAUUUGGUUCGAAUUUUCCCGCACAAUCGCAGCCAAAUUGGAUGCCCUAUCGGGGGAAACUCGUUCCGAAAAUUAGCACUCCGGAAUUUAGAACCUACUUCGCAAACGAUCACCAUUGCUUUCGUCAAGACUGACAAGCCACCACAAAACAGUUUCGUAAAACAGUCGAACACACCAACGAUAACUGACCGUUAUGCCAAAUGACUUUAUGCCAAACGGCCUUAUGUCAAAUGACUUCAUGCCAAAUGACACAGACCCGGUGAAAAAGAUGCCCGAUCGUUAACGGAGCCUGUGGGGUACAUGGGCACCUUCCACAGUAUUGCGUCCCUCAAGUAGGAAGUAGCGGUAGUGGUGAUGCCAACCCCCACCCCGCAAAGGAGGGGGUUGAUGAGGUCUCCGGUAAGCAGAGAUGGAAACACUCUCAUCGUGAAUCAACUCGCGAGUGUUAAACCAACAAACAGAUUACUCACGGUGCCGAGAGUAAGCCGUGUGUGAGUUUAUUCGCACCCGCUUGCUUCAUGAGUAUGAAGCAAAACAAAAACAAAAACACUCAUGAAUUUUUAUUCGCGAAGAACAAGUGGAGAUGCGCGAAUUGCAUUUUAGUACGAUUUUAAAAGCAAAACAAGUAAUUAUCCAUCAGAUAGUAGUGUUUUGUGCUUUAUUGUUCCUGAAAAGUAAAUCUGCCGACCGUGUAAAUUUGUUUUUUCACAAAAUUGAAACAUGUUCAGAGCUGCUUCGCGAAUCAAUCACGAGUGCAACCAGCUUUUUUAGCUCGCGAGUGAAGGAAGUGCGAAUAUAUUCUGGCUUCUGUUGUUCACGAGUAGGAUAGCUUUGCGUUUGUCUGUUCAGCUGCAUUCCUCACUGUUUUCCAUCACUGCCGGUAAGGAGAAGUGAGGAGUUAGGUGCGGGAAGCUGCGUACGCAGCUCAAGCGUGGGAGCUCCGGUUCACACCCCGGCAAGCCAGCCCGUGGAGAUAAUGGGUGGAGCGUAGUUAUUGAGGGCCGUCGACCAAAACAGAAAAGGACUGCCCGCAAUCGAGGUAACUGAGCAGCAGCUUAGCAAGAUCAUCGACUUUGCGUCCACUAUGUCCAACAUAAGUAAGGACCUGAAAACGACUCUGUUGCGACUUUGUAAGUCGAUGGACGAGCAGGUACACGUGAGACUCGUGAAGACUGCAGCAGCGGCGGAACCUGUGAAAUGAUGUCUACCGAGAAGAAGGCCUUCGCUUUCACAGGAAGUCCAAAAAGUAUGGCGGAUGCGACUCUUCGUGACAAGCACUCGCAGAAACGGGUAAGGCAGCCGUCAGGUGACGAGCUGUCUGGCGGUUCCCGGGAGGCCAGGCGAAUACUAACCCCUAUAGUGUCCACCCUAAUCUGAACUAUAUAUCGAUAUGUUAUCCAGUAACGCAUCUGAAAAGAGACUGAGAGUCCAUCAAUAAAGAGCUAGCUCAGUCUAGCAUGAGCCGUUGCAUGAGACGGAGUCGGAACGUAUCUAACGUAUUUUACUUCCUUUCAAAAAAAGAGUUUCUUCCCAAAUUAUUUAUUUCACAUAAAUCUUUAUCGGUCGAGUUUUUAUUAUAAUUAGUUAUCGUAUAUAACAGUGGCGACGACGGAAAACUGGACUAAAAGUGAUCGCGAUAAGUGCAGGUAGCUCAAACGGAAGGUACUUCCAGCGUGAGUCAGCUCUUCUAUUCGGGACAAAGCACUAUUGUCCACGGAUCGUCUCUGUAUUCCACAGCAUCUCGGAGAAAAUCAAAAUCCGUGUGAGAGGCAAGAACUGCUCGAAAACCUAGAGGAUAGGCGUGAGUUACUGCUGCUGCUGUUGUUGUUGGGGUAUUGGUUGCUGAGUUGGUGUUGGUUGUGAUCACUCGAGAGAAAAUUAGAGACCCAGGCAAGGGGAGUGCAAUUGCUGUAGGUCUCGCGGAGUGAAAACUUGCAGAGUGAAGACCAAACUCACUUCUCACAUUCCAAUCGAUCCGUUGUGAGAAGCAUAUCGCUGUGGCUGUGAACCUUUAUGACCCUAGUUUCGGACUGUACCGAAGUAAACGACUGCUGUGCCUGGUCGUUGAAGCUUGAACGUGUGAAGCAGUUACGAGCUAGAAGUGCAUGCUGCCAGUGAAGUUGUGGAGACGAGCGACGAGUGUUAGCUGGUGAGAUAUACAAGCCUGUGUACACGGUGAGAUUGAUCUGCUGCAAUAGUGAGUAACGUGUUUUUUUGUUUUUGAUUCGAUAGCUACCGCAAUCAUCGUAAUGUCUACGCCUGGUAUGAUUGGGUCUAUUGACCAGUACCAACGGCAUAAAUCGUUUGCAAAUUAUGUGGAGCGUUUUGAGAUAUUAUGCAAGCUUAAUAAAGUGUCAGCUGAGACUAAACAGUCAUGGUUUAUUUCCGUAAGUGGAGAUGAAGUUUUUGACGAGGUCAAGUUGAUUUUCCCAAAAAAGGAAGUUAGUGAAAUACCUUACGAUGAGAUGAUUAAAAAACUAAAGGCUCGUCUGGAUAAAGUUGAGCCGGCUUUAAUGAAUCGUUACGAAUUUUACAACCGUUUGCAGAGAUCGAAUGAGUCAGCUGAGAAUUUCGUAUUAGCGGUUAAAUUACUUGCCGAAAAUUGUAACUUCAGGGAAUUCAAAGACGAAGCUAUUCGUGAUCGUUUGAUAAUUGGCCUACGAGAUAAAGAGUUAAGGAAGAAAUUGCUUAUGGACGAUGAGGUAAAUUUGGAAACGGUAGAAAAAACUAUUAUCAGUAGUGAGAAAGCAGAAAACAGAGCAGAGCAUAUGGACGACUACGGUGAAUCUAGCAAAGUGCUUUCGGUUAAACAGCGGCUAGGCAGAAAGUUCAGCGACAGUGACCGUGAAAGAGACAGGGACAGAGUUCGCAAUCGCAGUUGGAGUCGUGAUCGCAGUAGGAGCAAUGAGCGUGGUAGGAAUGACCGGUACAGAAAUCGUACUCGCGAGUGGACUGGUGACUACCAGCAAGAUAAUCGUGAAAAUCGGUUUAAGAAUUUCCAUACUAGUGCGGUUUGUAACUAUUGUAAGCGCAAGGGUCAUAUCCGCAAAAAUUGUUAUUUUUUGCAAAACAAUAAUCGUGGAAAAACAGUUAAUUUCGUCGAAAAAGAGGAAAUCGCGGAAACUUCGGUCAGCGAUAAGUUUGACAGGAUACGCGUUAAUGAUACCACUGAAGAAGAUUCGGAUAUUAGCUGCAUGAUGAUUCGGCGCAUAAACAAGGUUACAGAAGCAUGUUUGGUCGAUGUGUUGGUUGAGGGCAUAAAGCUGGCUAUGGAAGUGGAUACGGGCUCAGCGGUAGCAGUUAUUAGUGAAAUGUUAUACAGACAAAACUUCUCAUCUAUCCCGAUUUCCAAAUGCGAUAAAACACUUGUUGUCGUGAAUGGAUCCAAAAUUGCCGUGGUUGGAGAGAUUUCAGUUGGAGUAAUUUUGAAUGGUAUUAGCGCUGAGAGAAGAUUGAUUGUUCUUAAUACGUCUAGAGAUUUCACACCGCUUCUUGGCAGAGAUUGGAUGAAGGUGUUCUAUCCAAAUUGGAAGGACCAUUUCAUGCAACCUCGCUCAGUAAACAGUUUAGAUGACACCAAAGACACCGAACAGGUUUUAAGUACGAUUAAACAAAGAUACUCCAAAGUGUUCAAUAAAGACUUUACUGAGCCAAUUGCAGGUUUUGAAGCGGAGCUUACCUUGAAAUCAGAACAGCCAAUCUUCAAAAAGGCGUACCAGGUGCCAUUUAAAAUUAAGGAUAAAUUUUUGGAACAUCUAAACAUGCUGGAGAACCAGGGAGUAAUUACACCCAUUCAAGCUAGCGAGUGGGCUUCUCCAGUCAUAGCUGUGAUGAAGAAGGAUGGAGAUGUUAGAAUGAUUCUGAUCGGUAAGCAUAAGACGAAUGCACAUAGACGACAACUGAAGGCUGUUCACGAAUCCAAGCGAAACCGAACAGUGGUCCACUUCCCAGUCACUGCCAACGCGAUGAAUAAACGUAGAAGGGACUCAAUCGAGGAUGAUGACGAUUUCUAUGGAUUUCCGGAAGAACCGACAUCUGAUCGCAUACACGAAAGGAAGAAGGCCAAGCUCGUCCGAAGUCCCAUCAACACCCGCUCGAGAGCAGCCCGACAUAGCUAGGCAUCAACUUGCUGGAGCUAAAUUACCAUCGUCAACGAGUUUUGAUAUCGAAUGUUUGAAGUGCUUUGAAUUAUUGAAAUGUUCAUUCUGAAAUUUAUUUGAUUAUUGUCUUUUCUUAAGAAGGGAGAACUAUAGUGUCCACCCUAAUCUGAACUAUAUAUCGAUAUGUUAUCCAGUAACGCAUCUGAAAAGAGACUGAGAGUCCAUCAAUAAAGAGCUAGCUCAGUCUAGCAUGAGCCGUUGCAUGAGACGGAGUCGGAACGUAUCUAACGUAUUUUACUUCCUUUCAAAAAAAGAGUUUCUUCCCAAAUUAUUUAUUUCACAUAAAUCUUUAUCGGUCGAGUUUUUAUUAUAAUUAGUUAUCGUAUAUAACAACCCCGAAGGUCCGCAAUAAUGCCGGCAAGUCGCACCCCAGCCAGGUGUCCCGGAAAGCUGAGAAGGGUGGGCCUGAAAAGGCUGGCCCGUCCCGGCUUGAAGGGAACAUGGGGGUUGCGUUCAUUGGUAGGCCCUCAGCAACCACAGAGUAAGGCGAACCAAGGGGAGGAACACCCUUGGACUAAAGUAGAGCGGAAGAGGAAGAAGUCGAAAACGCAGGUAGUAGUAGUGUGUGACCGCCAAACCAAGGCGUGUUUCAAAUUUCUCAUCAAAGUUGUCUAAGAACCACUUUAAGAGCUUUAAAAACCACACAUUUUCGUGCGCUGAGAAUGUUACUACGUCAUUUCGUUCAAAAGAUAUUGAUGAUUUUCUAGAAAAAAUAGGCUCUUCUCAAGUAUUUUCACUUGAGUUACAAAAAUAACAUCCCUCUAAUUUUUUGAUAUCUUUUAUUACAACAUUUCUUCUUCUGUGUUUCGACAUGGAAUGGACUGUAGGAUUCCACUUGAUUUUGGCCUUGGACUGCGGAUUUUCCGGGAAUAAAAACUCACACGCGACUUCGGAAAAGCGAUACAAAACGUUUUAUUGCGUUGAUGACGAACUACAAACUAAACUAAUUCUUUUCUUUCUAGCGGGUUGCCGCGCUUUUUUAGUCCCAGUGGAAAUAAUAAACUAACAAAAGUAAACACUGCAGAAAAUAAUACGGCAUUCGUGCGAGGGGCGCUGCGAUGCCGGAACAUCCUCCCCGCCUUGAGGCCACGAAGGGGCAUCAAUCAAACGGAAGUACACAAAGCUUAUGAAUCGGUCUCUGGUAUACAGUUGAACCUCGGCGCAAUGUAACCACUCGAACGGUUCCCGAAGAGUCUGGAUGGACCUUCUCCACGCGUGCUAGUUCCCACUGCGCCGGCGGGGCGUUAUCAUUCUUCACCAACACCAAUUGGCCUACGUCGAGAUUGGGUUGAGCAGUACGCCACUUGCUGCGAGGUUGAAGACUUGCAAGAUAUUCGUCCUUCCAUCUAUUCCACACACGUUCAGUUUGCUGCUGAAUCUCUUGCCAUUGGUCCAAUCGGUUGGCUGGCAAAUGCUUCAUGCUGGGCUCAGGAACCAAGUUGAUGGG